CUAUAACAGUGUGCUUCUUCUUCCCCUUGAAGAGAAGAGAAGAGGCAUACAUCCAAUAUCCAUCCAUCCAUAUCCAUAUCGUGACUCUGGCGAUAUAGUUCUUUCUUAGUCCUAGCCAGCGGCAGCCUCAAUUUUGCAUUCCUGAUCUCUUCCACCAAUCAUCACCGCCACCAUGUCUCAAAUCCAUGAGAAAUCCCCCAAGCACUGUGCAGCCCUCCAGAGGAAGAAGCUGCUGCUGCUGCUACUCUCUUGGCUGUUCAUUCUCACUGCAUUAAUCAUCAUUGCCAUCCUUGUCAUGCUCCUCCUUGUUUGGCUGCUCAUCCUGCACCCUUGGAAACCACCCCAGUUUUCUAUCCGGGAGGCUAACCUCAUCAACUCCUCCUCCGCAAUCCACCUCACUCUCCUAUCACACAAUCCAAACAAGAUGUUCCUUGGAAUAUACUAUGAGGACUCCCGAGUGCAUGCGUCUUACAAGGGCCGCAGAAUCACUCCCGAUACACCAGUAGCUCCCUUCUAUCAAGGGCCCCAAGGGACAAAGAUUCUCGGCGCAGCGCUGCUAUUAAUGGUUCGGCAGCAGCGCAACACUAGCAGCACAGCAGGAAUAAGGAACAAGGCGUUGAGUUUCAAGGUAAGGGGCAUGCUAAGAUGGAAAGUGGGAUCAUGGGUAUCUGGGAAACACAGAUUUAGUGUGAACUGUGCAAGAGUUGCACCUUCAUCAUCUUCAUUAAGUUGUUCAAAACAAGGAGGCACGGAUCAGUGUUGGACCACAAUCUGACAGGGGAGUGAAUCCAUGGGAUAUGUUAUUGUUGUUAUACUUGUAGCUAGCUGAUCAAUGAAAGAAUCAUAAUCUGUGCGUGUUGGGUAUAGUAUGUUGCAGCAGGAUCCAACUGGUGGUGCACUGAAGCAGUAGAGUGGUGUAAAAUUGAGAACUGAAUCAGUGGGCCUACUUUCUCUCAACUCAACUUUAGUGUGCCUACUUUCUUUUUGUGUUGCCUAUAGAGAAAAGACUUGGAUUUUAUUUGAGUGCUGGAGGGAUAUUCAAAUGCACAACC